GCGACACCGCGGCGGUCAGCGGGGCGGAGAGGAGGAGGAGGAGGAGGAGGAGCAGGAGCAGGAGGAGACACCUGCACCGCGACCCGUUCUCCCCCGCUGCCUCCGUCGUCUCUGCCGCUCUCCCGUCGCUGUCCUCGCGCCGCGUCCCUCUCGGACCGCCGCCGCCGCCGCUUCCUCGUUAAGAUGGCUGACCCCGGCAGCGACGGGGAGGCACCGGAGAGCGCGCGCGGCUUCGCCCGCCAGGGAGCACUCCGCCAGAAGAAUGUGCACGAGAUCAAGAACCACAAGUUCAUCGCGCGCUUCUUCAAGCAGCCGACCUUCUGCAGCCACUGCACCGACUUCAUCUGGGGCUUUGGGAAGCAGGGAUUCCAGUGCCAAGUGUGCUGCUUCGUGGUCCAUAAGCGCUGCCAUGAGUUCGUCACCUUCUCGUGUCCCGGGGCCGACAAAGGCCCCGCCUCCGACGAUCCGCGGAGUAAACACAAAUUUAAGGUGCACACGUACUCCAGCCCGACCUUCUGCGACCACUGUGGCUCCCUCCUCUACGGGCUGUUACACCAGGGCAUGAAAUGUGACCACUGUAUGAUGAACAUCCACAAGCGGUGUGUGGCUAACGUCCCAAGCUUGUGUGGGACCGAUCACACGGAGAGGAGAGGACGCAUCCAGAUCUGUGCCCUGAUCACCGACGACACGCUCACCGUCACCAUCAAAGAGGCCAGGAACCUGGUUCCCAUGGACCCCAACGGCCUGUCGGACCCCUACGUCAAGCUCAAGCUCAUCCCAGAUCCAAAGAGUGAGAGCAAGCAGAAGACCAAGACCAUCAGAUGCUGCCUCAACCCCACCUGGAACGAGAGCUUCACGUUCAACCUGAAAGAAACCGACAAGGACCGCCGCUUGUCGGUGGAGAUCUGGGACUGGGAUCUGACCAGCAGGAACGACUUCAUGGGCUCCCUGUCCUUCGGGAUCUCAGAGCUCCAGAAGCAAGGGGUGGACGGAUGGUUUAAGAUGCUUUCUCAGGAGGAAGGAGAGUAUUUCAACGUCCCCGUCCAGCCAGACGGAGAAGACGGCAACGAGGAGCUACGGCAGAAGUUCGAGGUGAGAAAAAAACCGGAGAGGCGAAGUGACGAUGCGGUCCUUCUCUUCUUCUCCUCUUCUCAUGUUGUCGUUCUCUCCAUCUCUCAGAGGGCGAGGGUGGGGCCGGGCAAGCCCACGGACUCGUCCUCCUCUUCCUCGGUGUGCAAGUACGACAGCAACGGCAACCAGGACCGGGUCAAGCUGUCGGACUUCAACUUCAUCAUUGUGCUGGGCAAGGGCAGCUUUGGCAAGGUGAUGCUGGCGGAGAGGAAGGGCACCGACGAGCUGUACGCCGUGAAGAUCCUGAAGAAGGACGUGGUGAUCCAGGACGACGACGUGGAGUGCACCAUGGUGGAGAAGAGGGUUCUGGCGCUGGAGGGGAAACCGCCGUUCCUCACCGAGCUGCACUCCUGCUUCCAGACCAUGGACCGGCUGUAUUUCGUGAUGGAAUACAUCAAUGGAGGCGACCUCAUGUAUCAGAUCCAGCAGGUCGGCAAGUUCAAGGAGCCUCAUGCCGUGUUCUAUGCUGCAGAGAUUGCCAUUGGACUCUUCUUCCUUCACUCCAAAGGCAUCGUGUACCGGGAUCUGAAGCUGGACAACGUGAUGCUGGACGCUGAAGGCCAUAUAAAGAUUGCCGAUUUCGGCAUGUGCAAAGAGAACAUGUACGAUGGGACCACGACCAAAACCUUCUGUGGAACACCGGACUACAUCGCUCCAGAGAUCAUAGCGUAUCAGCCUUAUGGAAGGUCUGUGGACUGGUGGGCCUUCGGAGUGCUGCUCUAUGAAAUGCUGGCCGGACAGCCGCCGUUUGACGGGGAAGACGAAGACGAGCUGUUCCAGUCCAUCAUGGAGCAUCACGUCUCUUACCCCAAAUCCAUGUCCAAAGAAGCCGUCGCUAUCUGCAAGGGGUUGAUGACCAAGCACCCAGGUAAGCGCCUGGGCUGCGGUCCGGAGGGGGAGCGGGACAUCAAGGAGCACGCCUUCUUCCGCUACAUCGACUGGGAGAAGCUGGAGAACAAAGAGGUCCAGCCGCCUUUCAAACCCAAAGCUUGUGGGCGCGACGCAGAGAACUUUGAUCGCUUUUUCACGCGCCACCCCCCCGAGCUGACCCCCCCAGAUCAGGAGCUUAUAUCCAACCUGGACCAGGAAGAGUUCCAAGGCUUCUCAUUUGUUAACCCUGAGUACCCUGAGUACCCUCACACAACUCACUGACUCACGCCACACACACACACACACACACACACACAGCUCUGGGAGACACCGGUCGUCCCCGAUGACGCACAUUCAAAACAAAUUCAUGAUGUCAUAUCCAGGCCGCAAUGGUUAAAAUGCAUAGUUCAAACAUUUUGGGGAAUGCAUUCCUUUUCAGACUUUGAUGAGAAGAUCGAUAUCAGUCUCUCGCUGCGUGUCGGGUGAGGAGCUGGAGCCUGGAGUCGAUUAGCCUAGCUUAGCAUAUGGAAGCAAGGCGGAAUCAGCUCAAUCUUCACCAUUUAAAUAAAGAAAUGUACAGUUGUUGUAUUAAACGUCUUAAUUGUUCAACUUUACUUCCAGUAGCUGCAUUGUUGCCUCCCCCCCCCCCCCGGCUUCUCGUUGUUAUGCUAAGCUAAGAUGAUUAGCUCCCGGCUCCAGCGUUGUAUCUCCGGUCAUAAAGUUGGUAUCAAUCCUCCCGUCGAACUCAAACUGAUAAAUAAGCGUUUUCCUCCAAAAUAACGUUCGGAUGCAAAACUGCCUCCAGGUGCUCCAACGCUAACAAUCAGGAGAAACACUCCAGGAUGUAUUCACGUGUCAAGUUGCCAGUCGGAGACGCACUGUUUUUCUGUCCCCGUUUGCUGUAAAGCGCAUCAGCUCUACCGGCCGCGUUUCUAUCUCCGGUGUGAAGAACUGUCGCUCGCUCUCGAAUGCAGCGCGGCUGCUCCCGCCAGCGGGGUCGGGGUCCGACCUCAGGGCCGAGGUCACCGCGUGGAUCGGAUACGGAGCAUGACGACCUGUCGGUGAUAUCGAUGCGCGUGCUCUGAUCACAUAUUUUGGUAAUAUCCAUACAAUUUUUGUGAAAACUGAUCAAUUGAUUUCCUUUGAUUGUUUGAGUGCCGAUCAGUUUCCCGAUGUUGACUUUAUAUUGUACAUCAGACCAAAUGCUUCUUACCCUUCCUGUCCAGUCAGUGUUGUGAUGAGCUUCACUUUUUUAAAAUUUUUUGCUGAUUUCAUUUUUAACCAGAUGGACGUAUUUAUACUCGCAGCCAGCGAGUCUGCGUCAAAGUUCGUGAUUUUUGACUGGAAUUUUUAUGAAUCGAUAGCGAAACACAUUCCCCACAUUACACUGUGUUUUAAUGACAUAUCUCUUCGCUUGUGCACAGCAUUUAUCGGAGGAAUUUCACAUCAGACGAGUCUUGUGAAGCUGGUAGUUUUGUUAGGAUGUCCAAAAGUGCCAAACAAAAUAAAAUAAAAAAAUAGGGUUCAGAAUCGUGAGGAUGUGGAACAAAUAUUGUCCUCGACUGUGAAGAAGGGCGGCCAUCUUGUGCCAUCUUGUGCCAUCUUGUGCCAUUUUGUGCCAUCUUGUGCCAUCUUGUGCCAUUUUGCAGUACGUGUGUAAUUAUUAGGAAUACGCGUCGCUUAUCUGUCCUCCAUCGAUACGAAACCCUCGGAGGGGGAAAAGUAAUGUUCAUGUAUAAAACGAGCGAAGACGCGCGAGUUCGUCACGUAACCGUGGUAACGAUGCAGGGUUGUAACAAUGUGUCAAAAAUCGUGUUCUUUUGAGCUCAAAACAAAAAACGGGAAGACGCUCGCCCCGAUUUUAGGAUGAUUGAUUGUGCUCGAUGGGAGAGGAAAAAAAGUGAGUUUAUUGUGGUAGAAAAAAAGGUGUGUAAUUAACGGUGAGAUUAGGAGAAAGGAGAGAGAUAUAUUUGGAGUGCGAUGUCAAGAGAGGUAUUGGGAUACAUUGUUCUGGAUGAGAGGGAGAGAUGCUUCUGUGGAUUGUGUAACUGUCCUGUAUGACUGGAAACUGAUAAUAUACUCACUGGUGCCUACCAGACUCCUCC